AUGGGUGCAUCCGACUCAAAACUGUCCUUCAAGCAGGGCGUCUUCCGCCUGUCUGAGCCCAAGCAGAUCCCCGCCGACGACGCUUACUGGACUGGCUUCUGGGAGCUGCCCGAGUCGACGGAAGAUGUCUUCUCGCUCUUCUCACCCGCAGACAUUCGCCGCACCCGCGACAACAACCUCGCCAAUCUCGAGACGCUCAUCCUCGCCGUCACCUCGCGCCUCAUAGUCCUGCGCAAUCACCCCUCCUUCCCCGACCCCGAGCUGGCCCCGGAGCGCGACGCCCUCAACUGCAUACGGGUCCUCACGCGACUGCUGCCCUUCUUGUAUGAAGCCGACCACCUCGAGACCUGGGAGGACCAAUUCUUUUGGGCCGCGCGGCGGAAGCGCAGUCGGCGGGGCCAGCUGGUGCGAAGCGAGAUCAUCUUCGACGAGGCCGACCCUGAGCAGACGCCCACUGAGAAGGAGCCUGAGUUCGAGAAAGCCAAGCCGCUGGCCGAGGAGAUCAUCGACACGCUGAUUGACCUGCUCUUCUUCUCCGACUUCACCCUUCCCAAAGUCGCGGCUGGCAAGAACAAGGUCUCGUAUGCGAUAUGGCAGAGCGGCGUUGGCUGCAACACGCCCGUCGCCUCGACCAAGGAAUUUGAGAGCAACAGGACCGAGAUCCUGCGCUUGCUGCUUACUUUAGCCAGCAAGUCCAUGUACAUGUCCGCGGGCGUGCUGCCAGUCAAGGGCGUUAAGGCUAUCACCUACAUUGCGACCUGUCCCGACAAGCAGGUCGUUCUGUCCGUCCUCUGCUCGCUGCUCAAUACCACCCUCAAAUACAACCCCGCAACAUGGCGCGUGCCAUACGACCACGUCGUCUUUAAGGACCAGCGACAGGUCCUGGUUACCUACUGCUUGCAGUUGCUCCUCGUCCUCGUCCUGUACCCCAUACCCGAGUCUGGAAACGGCCCAGCGCCUAAGAACUUCUUCCGUCAUUUUCUCGGCCGUCUACACCGUCCCCAAGACUUCCAGUUCCUGGUUGAUGGUAUGACGAGAAUACUCAAUCAGCCGCUUCAAGCCAACACCUCCUAUCUUCCUGGUAGCCACAAGUCACUGACCUGGGCACCCGAAAUGAUCAUGCUGUUUUGGGAGGCACUGCAGUGCAAUAAGCGCUUCCGCUCCUUCAUCAUUGACACCGAUAGGGCCCACGAUUUCGUCGUCUUGGUGCUCUACUAUGCCAUCGACCAGCGGAAUGAUCUGUCAAAGCAGGGUCUUGUGCGCAUGUGCAUCUUCGUGCUUCAGACGUUGAGUGUCGAACCACAAUUUGGCAAGAGCCUCAACAAGACAUUUGAAGGGCAAGAGUCGCUUCCAGCUAGCAUACGCAUACCCAACUUCCACGGUACAUACGCCGACUACGUCAUCACGUCUAUAUAUACCCUACUCACCACUGGUAAAGGCAGGCUAGACGCCAUCUACCCUGCUUUACUCGCAAUCCUCAACAACAUCGCGGCUUACGUUCAGAACAUAGGACGCGCCUCGAGCUCUAAAUUGCUCCAACUCUUUGCGUCCAUGUCAUCUCCUAGCUUCCUAUUCGCCAACGAAAACAACCACACUCUUCUGCAAUCAUUGUUAGAAGUUCUCAAUGCUAUGAUUGAGCAUCAAUACUCACACAACCCAAACCUGGUGUACGCUAUCGUGAGAUCGCGGAAAACGUUCCAGGCACUGCGAGACUUCACGUUGGAGAGCGGCCAAGAAGAAAUCGAGCGUCAGAACCAGCAACGCAAAGAAGGCGGCGAAGACCUUACACGAACUAGUUCCAUUGACAGUCUUAGAAGUCCUACGGUAGCUCGCACACCUACUCUGGGCAAUGUACCGGAAGAGGACAGUGCUUUCGCUAUUGGCGACGACGAUGAUUCAGACGCAGAAGAUGCACGCCCAUCAGAGCCAUCAAGAUCCCCCGUCCCAUCACAGUCAGGAGCUUCGAGAAGCGCGUCAAGAAGCGCAUCCAUAGCCUCAUCUAUAGACGACUCUGUGCCGCUUCAAGUAAGGGGCAUGUCGGAGAAGGCAAGGGGCAAGAUGCCAGUUGGCCAACCUGCCUUCUCUCGGCAGAACACGUUGAAAACUAUACGCGAGACCGAGGUGCGUGGAAUUGAGCCUUCGCCCAUCAGAGUGCACCUCUUCGAGUGGUCGGCCUUAUCUCUGGGUUGGUAUGAGUCGCUACUCUGGGGAUUUGUCUUCGCAGCCGAGAUGGUUGUAGCCAAGGGUACUGCCGGGGUAUGGAACAACACUAGCAUAAGGUUGUUCAAGGUUCAAGAAGCUGCGGCCACAGCGCCUUCACUUCUGCAGCCAAGAGGGGCUGUAGAUGCAGUCGGGACGAAUCUCGUGCAGCGAAUUGGCUCCCUCAAUCUACGCGGAGUUGCAACCCAAGGCGCGCAACGCUCCCCAACGAGCAGCGGCAAUGCCGGCGCCAACACAGUUAGAGACGUGUAA